ACGGCUCCUGGAGUCACGAUAAUCACCUGUCUAUUUACCCGCGUGUCAAAUCGGAGAUCCAUCGGUCAUUUUUACCAGAAAGCAUUUCGUCUUUCCCAUACUAAUCCAAAGCCGCAUAUCGUGUGAGAGAGACUUCAGACGCUAGACGGUACUUUCUAGUGUCCUCGCCAACCAAUCAGCUUUCGGGAAAUCGUGUGAGAUUCACUCUCACGAAUCGUCCCCGCCGCGUUCGGUGCUUCUGGGAAAUCUGAGAAAGUCUCCUCCUCAAGAUAACGUCACGCCUCCCGGACCCGGCAACCAAUCAGCAACCUGCUGGCCAUUAAAGCCAGGGACCCAAGUUUACCGAGUCGUGAAGUUUCUGCAGCCAGGUGACUUUUGAGUCGACUCAAAAGUUGUCUGCAGCCAUGGCUCGUCUGUUUCAGCUCGUCCUGGCCGUUUUCUUAGCGGCAGGCAUUGCGACUAGCGACGCAAAGGAGGUUCUUUCGAAGUUCGCCACGUCAGCAGUCAACGCGGUCUGCGUGGGCACCAGCAGCCUCAUGGCCGACGCCAUGGCGGCCUCGGCGCCAGCGACGGCGGAUAUCCCGCCGUCGGAUGCGGCGGAUAUCCCGCCGUCGGAUGCGGCAGAUGUGUGCACGAACAUCAAGAACGCCCCCUCGAACAGCCGCUACAUGUAUAUCGGCAACCGAGCCGAGCUGGCAGCGGAGCACAAUUGCCCUGAGCGCACGGAUCUCCGCGUGUUCAACAGCGCAACCAGCGCCCUUUCCCCUGAAACCGUGCUCCCCGCGCCUGUAGGGUCAACAGGCCUGGUUAUCGCGACCACCACCGAUAAUACCUCCCAGCGCCACUGCCGCGGCGCGGGCGAUUCGGGCGAAUCCCAGGAGCUCACUUCUGAAGCGAAUCUGCCGUCUACUGCUGAGGCCAUGCUCGGGGGAUAUUUUAACUCCGUUAUGAACAGUCUCGAUGUUUCGCCAACGCCAGGGCCGUACGCCACUGCCGGGCCUCUGUACGGGGCGAUUCUGUCCGACCAAGCCUCAAGUUCGGUGGCGUACGUGAGUUUCCGAAUCGCUUCGUUGGACGAUUGCCCCUGCGCGCCGAGACCUGAUGGUUGUGUUUGCGGCCAAACCUGCAGCUGCACUGUAGCUGGUUGCUGGUUCGAUCCCCAGGAUGUGUCAACCCAGUGGUGUGCACUUUCGGACGUCUACACUACCAAAAUGCCGGGUAACAAGAAAGAUUCUGUACCGGUUACAAGCCCCAGCACCACGACUUCCACAAACAUAGGUGGUACAGCGCGUCGGCUACUGGCCGACCUCAAUCCCAAGCCUAUCUUCGCCAGUCUCAACUUUAUCCUUUCUUCUGGUUCGGCUAACGAAGAAAAGCAUGACGCAGAUGUGAAGAUUAGCGAGGAUUCUUCUGCAACAGAGUUUGUGCAAUUCGGCGAGGAAGAUAGUCCACUGACCUGGCAGCAAGCUGAGGAGCACGUAGAAGGGCCUCAGGUGCAAGAGGAGCAGGUGGAAGUGGAGCAGUUAGAACUGGGGCAGGUGGAAGAGGAGAAGAUAGACGAGGAGCAGGUGGAACUGGAGCAGGCAGAGCUGGAGCAGGUGGAGCUGAUUAAAAAUGAAGAGCUGGUUCUUGGGCAGAGGGCAACAAAGAGCUGGAGGGAGAGGGUGCUGGCCGAACAGGAGAUUCCAAAGCAGCCUCUCACCAUGGAGGGUGUCCAAAGGAGGAGGUUGAGUCAGAUAUGCACGUAUGUGAAUGGUGUCUUUAAAUGCUACACUCAGUAGCAGUUGGUGAUUUUUUUCCUCAGGCCUACGUGAAGGUUGGAGGGUGCUUAUGGGAGGAUCCAGUGUGGUGUGGUGCCAUACAAUGUGAGUGUCUGGUUUGGCUGCUUCCAUGAUUAUUAGAGAGCACCUCUCAUUGUUAGUAGUUGGUUGUUGGGCUGAGAAGAAGCCCUUAGGAUCUUCAGAGACUAAGUCCAGUUGUACGAAAUGCUUGAGUAGUGCAGCGGAUGUUGAGUAGUUGAACCCUUGCACUAGUAUGUGUCCUUGUCUGCUGCUGCUGGUCGAAGUGUGACAUGAAGCUGAAGAACCUUUCCAUAAGGUUCGGGUCCACGCUUGAAGAGGGUGAUGGAGUCACCAUUUCUGGUGCCCUUCCUGUUGUUUCUUGAGCAGCGCCGGUCUCGGUUUGCAGUCCUGAAGUGUGUAGUCCAGAGUUGCCGGGUUGGGUGUCUUGGGCGCUGGGUGAGCCCGUAG